AUGGUAUCGACUUUGAAUCCCAGAACAACGGAGUUUGAGUUCGGCGGGCUGAUUGGUGCCUUGGCCAUCAGUGUGGGGCUGCCUGUGUUCAGCAUCAUCUUGAACCAAAUGGUUAGACCGGAUUAUUUUAUUAAGGGAUUUUUCCAGAAUUUUGACCUGAUUGAGCUUUGGAACGGUAUCAGACCCUUGCGUUACUACCUGGGCAACCGGGAGUUAUGGACGGUGUAUGGUAUGUGGUACGGGAUAUUGGCGGUUUUGGACGUCAUUUUGCCUGGCAGAGUCAUGAAUGGUGUCCAGUUGAGAGACGGUUCGAAGCUUUCGUACAAAAUCAACGGGAUUGCUAUGUCGACAACUUUGAUCCUGGUCUUAGCAGUGAGAUGGAAGUUAACUGACGGUCAAUUGCCGGAAUUACAAUACCUGUAUGACAACCACGUCAACCUAUGCAUAAUAUCCAUAUUGUUUUCCUUCUGUUUGGCCACAUACUGUUAUAUUGCCAGUUUCGUACCAUUAAUUUUCAAGAAGAACGGUAAUAACCAAAGGGAAAAGAUUCUGGCACAAGGUGGGAAUUCGGGCAACAUUAUUUACGAUUGGUUUAUUGGUAGAGAACUAAACCCUCGUUUCGGGCCCUUAGACAUCAAGAUGUUCUCUGAAUUGAGACCCGGCAUGUUGUUAUGGUUACUGAUCAACCUUUCAUGUUUGCAUCAUCACUAUUUGAAAACCGGCAAAAUCAACGAUGCGUUGGUUUUAGUCAAUUUCCUACAGGGGUUUUAUAUUUUCGACGGGGUGCUAAAUGAAGAAGGUGUGUUAACGAUGAUGGAUAUAACUACGGAUGGAUUCGGUUUCAUGUUAGCGUUCGGAGAUUUGACUUUGGUUCCAUUUACAUACUCUUUGCAAGCCCGUUAUUUGAGUGUUUCACCAGUGGAGUUGGGCUUGGGCAAGGUCGUGGGGAUUUUGUCAAUUAUGUUCUUGGGAUACUACAUCUUCCACUCGGCAAACAAGCAAAAAUCUGAAUUCAGACAAGGCAAAUUGGAAAAUCUACAAAGCAUCCAGACUAAGCGCGGUACGAAAUUGUUGUGCGACGGAUGGUGGGCUAAAUCGCAACAUAUCAACUAUUUCGGUGAUUGGUUGAUUUCGCUAAGUUGGUGUUUGGCCACAUGGUUCCAAACUCCCUUGACUUUCUACUACUCGUUGUAUUUCGCGACACUGUUGCUGCACCGCCAACAACGUGACGAACACAAAUGUCGUAUGAAAUACGGGGAAAAUUGGGAAGAGUACGAAAGGAAAGUUCCAUACAAGWUCAUUCCGUAUGUUUAUUAA